AAGCGCUGGGCACCGAAUAACAGUACAACAAACUCCCAGAACGCAGCGCGAUUACAGUAACUCGUUUACUGGAUCACGGUUGCGACCCGUCGCGGAGCUUUGCGGCAAGAGCGCGGGGACGAUGUGUUUUCGGUGAUGCUCAUUGUGUGUAAAUUACGUUCGAAAGCCGAAGGCAUUUGAAGAAUUACCGCAGUCACCACACAUAAGGGAAGAUGGGACGCUCCUCCAAAGACAAACGCGAUAUUUACUACCGUCUGGCCAAGGAGGAAGGAUGGCGAGCUCGCAGCGCGUUCAAACUUCUGCAGCUGGAUGAGGAAUAUCACUUAUUUCAAGGUGUCUCCCGGGCUGUGGAUCUCUGUGCAGCACCUGGUAGCUGGAGUCAAGUUCUGAGCCGAAAGCUCAAAGGAGAAGAUCCUAAAAAUGCAGGUAUCAAAAUAGUGGCUGUGGAUUUGCAAGCCAUGGCUCCAUUGCCAGGAGUCAUUCAAAUCCAAGGGGACAUCACCAAGGUUUCAACAGCCCAAGAAAUCAUUCAUCAUUUUGAGGGGCAACCAGCCGAUCUGGUUGUAUGUGAUGGAGCCCCUGAUGUGACUGGACUCCAUGAUAUAGAUGAGUACAUUCAAGCCCAGCUGUUGCUUGCUGCCUUAAACAUCACUACGCAUGUCCUAAAGAAAGGAGGGACAUUUGUAGCUAAGAUAUUCCGAGGGAAGGAUGUCACUCUUCUCUAUUCCCAGUUGAAAAUAUUCUUCCCUGAUGUGACAUGUGCCAAACCCCGAAGUAGUCGCAACUCUAGCAUUGAAGCCUUUGCUGUUUGCCGAAACUACAAUCCCCCUGAAGGUUAUGUGCCGAACAUGUCCAAUCCCCUAUUGGAUCAUUGCUAUGAUGUGGAUUUUAAUCAGCUGGAGGGUCCCAAUCGGGUCAUUGUCCCUUUCCUGGCUUGUGGCGAUCUGAGUGCUUACGAUUCCGAUCGGACCUAUCCACUGCAGCUGGAUCCUGAGAAGGAGUAUACCUACGUGCCCCCGACUCAGCCGCCCAUCCGUCCUGCCUACGAAGAAGCCUGCUUCUUAAAGAAACACAACCUCCUUACCAAGGAACAAGGGCCCCACUCUCAGCUGCCAGAACAAGGGGCUUCAAAUUUUUCUCUAGAGACUGAGGUCGUAGAUGCCCUGGAGGAACUGUCAGUCUAACGUAAAUCACAGAACUAAGGAGAGAAAAAUAUGACCCAGUGCCGGAUUGAAAGACUACAUUUUAUCUUCUGCAGAAGCAAAGAUGGGAAGAAUGAGCUUGUCUCCAGAGUUGGAACUUUGAGGGGGCAUGUUCUCAGGUCACAUUGUACUACAACAGGCCUUUGGAGUCACAUGGAAAUGCAAAAGAACUCUGCCCCUCCAAUGUAUACACAUAAACAUUGACAACCUGGCUAUCCAGCAGCAGACUUCAGAAGCAGACUGCCCAUUAUCUCUAAAUCUAUUUAGAGAUAAUGGGUAAAAAUUUAACUGAA